UGUUGAAGUUCGGCAAAUUAAAGUUCGGAGCAAUUGAACGUCAAAUGAGUACCUUCGUUUCGAGAAUCAGUCCGGUUACUGGCCGUUUAGAAUGGGUCAUGCAAAGUGACGAUUAUGAUUACCACCAAGAAGUGGCGAGGUCAGCUUAUGGAGAUAUGUUACAUGAUACUGAAAGGAAUAAAUUAUAUGAAGUUGGCCUGAAACAUGCCAUCAAGUGGAUGCAUGAAAAAGGUAAACAGGCAUUUGUCCUUGACAUUGGAACCGGUACAGGCCUCUUGUCCAUGAUAGCUGUUAGGGCCGGGGCUGAUAAAGUUGUUGCCUGUGAGGCAUUCAAACCCAUAGCGGAAUGUGCCUUAAAAGUUAUUGAAGCUAACAACAUGGCUGACAAAAUAACGAUCAUAAAGAAAAGAUCCACUGAAAUGAAUGAAUUGGACUUGGGUGGCCGAGCCAACAUUCUUGUAGCCGAAGUAUUUGACACAGAAUUAAUUGGAGAAGGUGCCCUGGGAACUUUCCAUCAUGCUUGCUCUGAGUUACUGGACCAAAACGACAGAAUUGUUGUGCCCUCUGCCGCCCACAUCAUCUGCCAGCCUGUGUCUUGCCCUUUUUUUAGGGGGUGGCAUGAGUUCAAAGAGAUAAAAAUUCACGAUGACAAAAAUUAUGAACAUAACAGGGCUAAUAAUAAUACAUCAUCAUCAUCAGAUACUACUGCUGAAGCUUCUACAACAGAUAAAUGUAGUAGUAGCAAUCAAAGUAGCAGUAGGUGCAAGUUUAUAUCUCCACCUAAAAAAGUUAAAUGCUGUACUGGUGCUCCAUCUGUUCACGAUGUCCAACUGAACAGGCUGGCCCAUGAUCAUUUUCUUCCUAUUGGUGAUCCUAAAAUUGUUUUCAGCUUUGAUUUCACCGAAACAUCCGGAGGUCCUCUCAAGUUCAUUGAGCAUGAAUCAGUCAACUUCCAGGCAGUAAACGAUGGUGUGAUUGACUGUAUUUUCAUGUGGUGGCAGCUUAAGAUGGAUAUGAAUGGGGAGGUCAUCUUAAGCACCGCCCCACGCUGGGGACAUCCAACCCCCAAUGAUAUGCAGUGGAGAGACCAUUGGAUGCAGGCUGUCUACUACCCAUCAAAAGUUCAAAAGGUCGUACGAGGUCAAGAGUUCAAGGUCAACUGCCAUCAUGAUGAAUAUAGCCUGUGGUUUGACCUCAGCCAUCCAGACGUCAUUUCAUCAUCAUCAACUUCAAAAAUGUUGGUCGACCAUGACCAGUCCACGGGUAGUAGCGAUAAUAGAGGCCCGGGGUGCACGUGUUCUGCCCACAUUGCUUGCAGUAGAACUCGAGUUGCAAUGCUCAACGACGUAGAAAGGAACAGGAAAUACAUUAGAGCUCUUAAAAAAGUGAUUAAUGAAGACAGUGUCUGCUUCUGUACCAGUGACGACUCUCUGCUACCUCUCAUUGCUGCUAAAUUAGGAGCUAAAAAGGUCAUUUCUCUACAACCCAACCAACUUUCACGCCAGUUCCUCCAAUCGUAUGUAGAGGCCAAUGAUCUUCAAAACUGUGUCAAGGUCGUCUCCAGUCUGGAAGAUGAGCAGUUGAAAAAGGAAAAUGUUAAUAUAAUAAUGGGGGACCCGUAUUACAGCACAUCCUUACUGCCAUGGCAUAACCUCCAUUUCCUCUACGCCAAAACUGAACUGAUAAAUUAUUUUUCAAAACCAAAGAAGGCGAAGAAGAAAAAGUCCGUUCACUCUGAUGUCACAGACAAUAAUAUCGAUGGUUCUCCGAUAUUUUUUGCUGAUCAAACUAAAGAUUUGUCGGGUGACAAUUUGAAUUUGAAAGCACCAUCGUUAUUAUCAAGAGGUGAUGGAUUGGUUAUUUUCCCUUGUUCUGCGUCUAUUAGGGCUAUUGCAGUGCAGUUUGAGAACCUACAUAAGCUAAGAGGAAGUCCAGUUAAUAUAUGUGAAGGCUUUGACCUUCGACCUUUCGACCAGCUGAUGAGUUAUUCAUCUGACCAAUCAGAUGCCUACUUAGAGCCUCACCCACUUUGGGAAUACCCAGCCAUACCAAUGACCGAAGAUUUUGAACUUUUGUUUUUUAAUUUUGAUCCAAAUGCCUGCAUUGUGGGAGGUGUUAGGCAGUUGGAAAGAGAGGGAUUGGUUGAGUUCAUCAGUUCUGGUACUUGCAGUGGAAUUGCAGUAUGGUAUAGUAUUAACACUGCCUUAAAUGAUCAAACCGACGAAACCGACUUCGCUAAUGACAACGUCUUAAUCGGGGGGCUUCUCUCACCCCCACAACCUGGGCAGACCCUAAAUUGGGACCCAUAUUCUAGACAGGGGGUUCAUUUCUUCAAAAUACCUCAGGUCGUAGAUGAUGGUAAGUUCAGGUUAAAGUUCAAGACCGUUUUUCAGCCCAAAACUGGAGAAUUUGAAUUCAAAUUUUCCGUCAUUUCUUGCAAGAUUUGAAUAGUCAUAAUAUUUAGCUUUUAAUUUAUUGGUAAUUAAAUAUUUUCAUCUAGUUUUUGAUUGCAUUCUACAUCCUGGUUUAGUAUUCAUUGCCUAAUUGAAUUGGUUCUACACAAUCAUUCUUUUUUAUGUUGAAGAAAUUUUGUAAAAAAUUUAGAUGAUCUUAAUUUUUUUUUGUAUUUAAGACUAUUUGCCGUUCGCUCAUGCAUAUACACAUUUGAUGACGCGCUAUAAUAUUGCGUUGUGCUUUUUACGUACAUGCAAAUGCUUCGUGUGUUGUGUGGGAUUGUGCUAUAAUAAUCAAUGCUUUACAAUAAGUUUUACACUCGUCCAAACAUCUCUACUAUUCAACGAAGGUAUUGAAUUGCUUUUUGUUACUAAUAGAAAAUUUUGAUAAUAAUUUUUGAUAAUUGUUUCAAAAAUAACAAGUAUGUAUAAUUGUUCAAAUGAAUAUGUAUAAGCAAUCAAGGAGUAACAUUUUGUCCCCAAAAUGAUAUAUAAAAAAAUUGUCUACGAACUCAAAAAUUAUGAAAUUUAAAAGCGGCUGUCGAGUAUCCUCUGUUAAAAAGCAACCAGAUUUUAUGUCUUGUAUACAUUUUCAAAGUUACCGGUUGUACGGACGUUGGCUGUUGUCUUAUUUCCGAAGAGGUUAUUUACCAAUGUUGAAAGUUUUGCUUUGCAUGUUGUAAUGCCGCCUGCACCUGUAUAGUAUUGUUAGUUAGUACUCUAGUUAUUGCUUCCGCUGCUGCUCAUUGUCAUACUGUUGAUUUCGUUACUGCUACUGUGGCUUUCAUCGUUGCUGCUGUUCAGAUGCAUUAGCCCACUUAAAGCCUGUUGCGGUAAAAUGACUAGCUGUGGGUUUAUAAAAUGUUGUUGCAGUAACAUGACAUCAGGAGCCAAUAUGAUCAGACUAGGUUGGGUGUUAGUACCAUUAUUAGGUAGGAAUGGAAUUGUGUUGAGUUGUGUUGAUUCGUUGUUUUUCAGAAUGUUGCCGAAGCUGGUUGUGUUGUUGUUUGAGUUUAACAACAUGUU